CAUACCAGUUAAUUUCCCAUCCGAAUUCAAAAUGUGUCAAAUCGUAACCUUAUUAGUGCUAAGCAUCGCAGCUGCUCUAGUGCCAUCAAUCCGCGGUCACGGUAUGCUACUGGAUCCGAUAGCACGUGGUUCUCGGUGGCGAUGCAAUUCGGGUGCACCGGCCAACUACGACGAUAAUGGUCUUUACUGCGGUGGGUACUUUGUUCAGUGGGAGCAAAAUGGAGGAAAGUGUGGCUUCUGUGGGGACAACUAUGCCGAUGCGCGGCCAAGGAUGCACGAAAUCGGAGGUCCCUUCGGGCAAGGUGAAAUCGUUCGAAACUACUCGAAGGGCGCUGUCAUUGAGGUGAAGGCAAUGAUCACCGCGAACCAUAUGGGGCACUUGGAGUUCAAUGUAUGUGACUUGAGCCGGUCUAGUGCUGGCGAAACGGAAGAGUGCUACCAGCAGUACAAGUUGUCGGACGUGAAAGGACGAAGAGAGUGUUAUCUGAAUUCGACGGCGGCCACACAGUACACCGUUAUGCUGCAGUUGCCUGCCGAUCUCGUGUGCGAACAUUGUGUUCUGCAGUGGACGUACGUUGCCGGCAACAACUGGGGCUGGUGCGGUGACGGCACAGGCAAAAUGGGCUGUGGCCCGCAGGAACACUUCCGCACCUGUUCCGACAUCGGAAUCUACGAAGUCAACGACGUACGGUUGGCCAGGUCGUACGAAUAUUGCAACGCCAGUCCACGGUCGCUGGAUUGGAUCUUCGACAACAUCCCGGAAGAAGAGAACCUCAUCGAUACGGAUUGAUGAUGAUAAGCUUGGCGAAACAUUAUUUUGCAGUUAGUUUUGUUUUCUUUUACUUGUAUGUCAAGUGGUAAGGCGAAAUGUAGAGUUUGUGAACGUACUAGGUAGUUAUCUUUAAAUAAACAUUGUUGAAUGGUAUUAAUGACGGCUUACUAAAGAAAAGAAAAUACUUCCAACACGUGACGAUGCGGUCGGUUGAUAAAGUCCAAGGGCACUUAUCCAUAUCAU